CGAAUAAAAACAUUUCGCCACUUGAAUCAUAAAAUUAAACUGCUUAUCAAAAUAAAAAUCUUAUUUACUAAAAAUUGUGUUAAAAAAAAUAUAAAAAUUAUGUGGGUAAUUACUCAUAUAAAUUCAGGCAACAAAAUAUACCUUCUAACAGGUAAACAAUACACCGUAGGUCGUGUAGGUUCUGAUAUAGUUUUGACCGAUGAUACAUCCAUAAGCCGGUCACAUGCACUUUUUCAAGUCACAAAUGACUUUUUAAAACUCCAAGAUAAAGGUUCCAAAUACGGAACCUAUCACAAUGAACACAUCGAAAAUAAACAAAAACUCACCAAAGGCAAUCUAAUUGACCUCAAAGAAGGUGAUCGUAUUUUAUUUGGAGCAUUGAAAAAUGAAUGGCUCAUUUCCAAAAACAGUAUUAAUACAAUGGUCUCAUCAUUGAACCCCAAAGAUUUGGUUGAAAUAAAGAAACAACUUGACUUAUUAGGGGGAAAUAUAAUUUCCAAAUGGGAAUCAAAGUGCACUCAUUUAACAAUGCCCGAGAUAACCAUAACUAUCAAGGUAUUACAUGCACUUAUUGAGAAAAUUCCUAUAGUGUCAUGUUCUUUUUGGAAAGAAUAUCUUAAGAAUAUUCAAGAGAAAAAAAAACCACCAAAUCCAAGUGGAUUUAUGCCCAAAAGAAGCAAUCAAUUGUCUUCAGCUAUCCAAGAUGAACAUUUGGGUUUCAAUGAAAAUCGUAAAACACUGUUUGCUGGCAAAACAUUUGUUUUUAUGACAAAGAAACAUUUCGAUAUGUAUUCGGAGAUUGUUACCAAAGCUGGGGGACAAUGUAAAGAUUUAAAAAAUAAUGUUUCGAAAGCUUUUUUGGUAAAGAAGAAUACGAUUGUGGUGCAAUAUGUUGCAUCUACACAGUCACAAGGAACCCAGACAAUAAACACAAUUUCUGAAUAUAUUGAAUCGAAAUCUCUUCGAACCAUACCCGAAUAUGAAAUCGGAUUGGCAAUUGUAUGUUGUACAAUAGAAAAGUAUUGCAAUCCAGCUUACAGUACGAUCUCCAAUAUCUUGCCUGAUUCUGCUGUUGAAUCACCAAAUAUUGGUACUAUGCUGGCAGAAAAUACAGCAUCACAGAAAUCACAAUUAAAUUCACUUUAUUUUCCAAAUUCCGAUAUACCAGAAAGUAAUUGUUUGAAAAGCAAAGUUGGCCCAAAUAAAACAAUUCAAUCGGAAGUUUAUGAUUCUGAAGUGGUUAUUGUCGAGAGUCAAAAUUCAUCGGAUCGUCUUUCAAUGAUCCCCGAAAGUGAUAUAAGUAAAAGAUCUAAGCAAACUAUACAAGAAAUUAGUCAAAAAGAAGUUCAAAAUUUAAGAAAUAUUGAUUUCUCUGAUGAUGAUUUUAGUGAAAAUCUUGUUAUGUCAUCGGAUAUGGUUUCAAAUGAAAUCUUGAGCUCUAAAGAAAACUCUCAGAGUAAUGAAACUAGAAAGAGGCCUACAACACCCAUUGAAACGGAUGGGGUAUCGAGCAAAAAACCUAGAAUAUCAACUCCCAUCGGAGAUGAAAAUCAAGAAGAGAGUGAUAAUCAGAAGAAACCCAUUGAACGUCCAUUAGUAUCGACUUCUAAAAGAAACGUUCCUCAAUCAACAAGACCAAGUUUGUUGCCAGGUUUUCUUCAAAAGAGUCAAAUUGUUAACACCCAACCAGAAGUAGUAGCACAGUCGAGUCAGCAACCCGUAAAUAAAUCUGUUUCAGCCAAAAGAGGUCGAAUUGCUCUUAUUACUGAUAAUGACAGUGACGAUGACGACGAUGAUAUAUUUAACUUUGGGUCAUCUCCAAAAAAAUCUAAACCCUCUGCUGGAGGGGGAUGCAUUUCAGAUGAAGAUGAGUUAUUUGCAUUUGGAAACAAAAGUCCUACACGUCAAGUUGACAACCGAGUUGAACGGAAUGAAGAUGCAACUUUACCAAAAACACAGCCCUUCAUUCCAAAUAACAAUAAAAAAACACCCAACGCAAAUAAUGUUUCCAAAAUUAAAGUUUCUCCAAUUAAACCUUCUUCAGAUGGUUGGCUGUCAGCAUUGAAUAUUUUGAAAAUAAAAAGCGAUGAUGAAGUGAAGGAAGAGAAGGAGGAGAAAAAUUGUUCAAUAGACGAUUUAAAACGAAAAGAAUGGAUUGAUUCGUUGAAAGAUGGUAUUGAAGUCCGAGUACGUAAAAUGAAUAUAACAUCAAAGGCGAGCAGUUAUUCAAUUUCUCAUGAAACAUCUGAUACUUCUUUGAAUACUUCUAGGAAGAACUUUAAAGCAUUUGUUAAGAAACAUAACUACAAAACACAAACCCACAUCAUUCCUACAUUCCCAAAGAUGGUGCCUCCAACGUAAAGUUAUCAUUAAGUUUUGCUUGUAAUAAACUUUCGAAAAACA